AUGCCGUCAAACAUCCAGGUCUUCGUUAAAUGGAAGGAUCAGACAAUUUUUGCCGGGGAGAAUGUGGAAUGUACCAUCACGUUUAAGAACGUGGCAGAGACCAAGUCGACCGCCAACCCUGCAGGCGAAGGCCACCAGCGCAAGACGUCUCGAGUCGCGAACCACACCAGCAACAAUAACUCAGACUCCUUUCUCGGCUUCAAAUCGCCGCAGGGUCUCUUCUCCGGUCGGCGAUCGUACUCUAUCAGCUCUCAAAGAAAACCCUCAAACCAUCGUGCCGCCUCGUCCCUGAGCACCCCAACCAUUGCUUCCCAUAGCUUCCCGCCCGCCAGCAACCCCUCCUCCACCCCCCGAAGCUGGCAGCCCGGCCACAGCCAUAAGCGAUCGGUAUCGAUUCUUUCCAUUGAUAGCGAGGGCCAAACAGAUAGUUCGCCCUCGCCACACUAUAACAGGGGCAAACCUGCCAGGGGACAUGGACGAUCAGCUAGUCUGCAAAUUGUUCCCAGGAGGAAUGAUAGCUACGAUGAUUCUUACAGGAAAGCGGCGAGAGCUCCCAUGCGUGGCCUACCACUCACAGAAUCUCCGAGCGAGUCUGCUGCCCCCGCUACCCUCAAAGUUGACACCAACAAUAUUGGCCGCCCAGGUCGUCCUGGAUCCAUUGCCAACAGCCCCGUCGGCCCAGCCGAGUCCUUGCGCUCUGCACGCCGACCUCAAUUACCCUCCUUCGAUUUCAAAUUCCCACCAGGUCCUCCAAACGAAGCCCCAAACAAUCGCCCUGCUCUGACCCCUUCGCCGAAAUCUGAACGAAUCCCAUCGCCAUCAAAAGCUCCAAGAGAUGUAUCAGGGGGCGUUCCCCGUCCUCAUCAACAGCUUGCGCGUGUGAUUUCGGCCACGAGUGUGAAUGGAAGUAGCCGAAGCAGUGGAGAGUUCUAUUCCAUCAGUGAUCAUUCAAGCGAAACGUUAGCAUCCGAAUACACGAACUAUUCUGCGCAAGGCUCGCGUGCUCCCCCUUCUGUUCGACAUGCAAGACACUACUCGAGUGCUGUGACCUCUUCGAUGAAGCCCGCAGACAGCCAGGCGCUGUUGAUGGGCUAUGCGCAAGUAAGUGCAUCAUUUACCGUAGACGGGUCGCUUGUAAACCAAUCCGUUUUUGAUGAAGUGAAACGCAAAGGCGUUGUCGGUGGUCAAGCUGGGUCUGGUGGGCUACCGGGACGACCAAGUUCAGCCAGCUCUGAGCGCUCUCGCAAGGGAGGUGGAUUUUGGGGUGCACUCAAGUGGACCGCUAUUGAAGAUUCGAUCAAUGGUCUUUUGUCAAACAAUGAGCUUGAUGGCCUUCGCGAAAUGCGUGGCGUGGCAUCCUCACGCUCAAUUCCCCUACUAUCUACUCCACAGUCACUUCUUUUCGUUGACUUGCGGCUGGCACCAGGAGAAGAGCAGUCAUAUUCAUUCUCAUUUUCGCUUCCUAGAGGACUCCCGGCGAGUCAUAAAGGAAAAGCUAUAAAGAUAUCUUAUAACCUGGUCAUUGGAACCCAGCGACCUAGUGCACCCAACGAUACCCAGCGAGUCAAUCGCAUCAAUAUCCCAUUCCGUGUAUACAGUGGAGUGAACGACAAGGGAGAUGUGCUAGGACAUGAUUUGAUGUCACCAUACGUGCUCCUGCGAGACGAAGCGAAGGUCCAAAAAACUGGGCCCGCUGCACCAGUCGUUCCAAAUCCCCAGAGCCUAAGUGGGUUAUGGAACUCUGCUGGUGAUUUCCUCUCCUAUGUGGAUGAAAUUCUUGACCAGCGUGCGCGCUCAAACACACUUUUUCCACCGGGUGCUCUCCCAGAAAGACGAGCGAGCUACGAUGGACCUGCCCAAGCGCUCUCUUGCAAGGACAUCAUUGAUAUGGCUAUUCUUCGCAGCAAUCAGGCCAUUCAGUCACGGCGCAGUCCCAAUAGGUUUGAAAUUGCUCGUGAUGGAAAACGGAUCGCCGUGGUUGUUUUGAAUCGCCCCGUGCACAGAUUAGGUGAAACCAUCGUUGCGACUGUCGAUUUUGGCAAUGCUGCUAUCCCUUGUUAUGCAGUGCGAGCGUCCCUGGAGACGUCAGAGAAAGUUGUCCCUACUUUGGCAGUCCGAUCAAACGCCAGUAUUCACCGGACUACUCGUCGCAUUCACGCGUCAUUAUUCGAGAAUACCCUGUACGCCACCCGUGUGGUGUUCAACCCUGCUAUCCCUAUAUCCGCUACCCCGACGAUUCUCACAAGUGGAGUAACGCUCGAUUGGGACUUGCGUUUUGAGUUCGUAACACCGAACACUCUGAAUGGGGACGGUCAAGGGCCUUCGGGCACUAAACUCCUUGAGACCAUGUCCUCUGAUGACCGUGGAAAGGUACUUUCAGCUAUGGAGCAUUUGGGCUGCGAAUCUUUUGAAAUAUCUAUCCCGUUGACUGUCUAUGGAGAAACAGUACGGGAGCAGAAUCCAGAAGAAAAGGAAGGAUACGCCAUUUAA